AUCCAAAACGGCGUUAUCGUUCGAAACGUUCGACAAUCACCAAGUUACUUCACGAUCAAUGAACCGAAUUUAUCCUUCUCUGAUUACCAACCUGACUACACACUUCUUCAAUACAUCCUCUUUCAGGGAUACAAAAUGUCAAUUCGUUACGAUCGACUCAACCACAACACUUCAAUGUCUAAAAUCAAAGAACGAAUCUCAAAAGUGUUGCUACCGAAUUUGGGUAACGACUCGUCACGAACGACACUCUCUUCAUCGUCAUCAAUCGUCAAAUCGAUUAAUCCACAAAUGAUCACAUCCAAAUUUGGAAACCCAUCGAAGAUUGGCGAUGCGAUGCGAUUGAGUCGAAGCAUGAACAAUAUUGCAGCUGGAAGCGCUGCAAGCAUAGCGAUUGAUCACAAGAGCGCCGAUCGUUCGAGAAGAAAUAAAACGAACGACAUCNAUUUUCAUCCUAAUCCGUCCAUUCAAAAAAAAAUCCUCAAUUCACCAGAGUGA